AAUCACAGACGUCCAUAUGUAUAUGGUAAUGGAGUGUGGUAGUAUUGAUCUUGCUAGUUUUUUGAGAAAGGAAAGUAAAAAUAGAGCAAUGAAAGAAGAAGAUAUUAAGUCAUAUUGGCGACAGAUGCUGGAAGCUGUGGACUGUAUUCAUAAACAAGGUAUAAUCCAUAGUGAUCUGAAGCCAGCUAAUUUUCUAUUUGUUGAUGCCAAGUUAAAACUGAUUGACUUUGGCAUAGCUAAUGCUAUACAACAAGACCAUACAAGUGUUAUAAGAGAAUCCCAGGUUGGUACAUUAAAUUAUAUGUCACCAGAAGCUAUACAAGAUACUUCACCAACUCCACACUUUGAUGCCAGAGGACUUAGGAAACCAAGACUUAAGAUUAAUUGUAAAAGUGAUGUCUGGUCUCUUGGAUGUAUCCUGUAUUACAUAGUUUAUGGUAAAACACCAUUCCAGCAUAUCACUAAUCAUUUUGCUAAAUUACAAGCAAUCUGUGACCCCAUGCAUCAAAUACAGUUUCCAGACACUCAACAUAAAAUGCUGAUUGAUAUUCUCAAGUACAUGAUUAACUGUGACUUUUCAUACAUUACAGACAGAGUUACUGGUAUCUCCCUUGCUGCAAAGAUGAGUGAAGAAGGUUUAUCCAGACGUGGUUCAUGGCUUGCAAAUAAUAGUGGUAGUGGUAGUAGUAGUAGUAGUAGUGGAAGCAAGGAAUCGCCCUGUGAGGAGUUAAAUACAGUUUCAUCACUUAGAUCUUCAGCAAUAUUGCCAGUGAAUGAUGAGAAAGAUGAUACUAUACCUUUACAGUUACCUACCACAGCCCAAAAGAACACCGCAGUGAGAGAGCAUUUUCAACACAUCAGUCAGAGUGCAAGUAAAAGUAUCCGAGGUUCUGUGUUUACACCUGAUGCUAAACCAUCACUAAAUUUAGCAGCAACAGUUGGACCAUCAAGGGCAUCUAGAGGUUCAUCAAUGUUUGGAGGGGCUAUUCGUCUGAAAAGAACAAGUCUACCUAAAGUUUGUGAAAACCCAGGCUAUGAUGAUGAUGACAAUGAUGAUUAUGAUAUGCUACAUGGAAUAAAACCUCUUGAUAAUGAUAAUCAAAUUACACCUGGUAAUGACAGUUUAUUGAGAAGUGAACUUACACCUGAUCAUGAAGCAGCUGGUAAAGGCAGUGGCAUUUCUUUCCCUUCAAUGGUAGACCAUUUGCAUAGCAAGUCACGGGUCAGUGGAAAUCUAGUACAUGUGCAAGGUAGACAAGGAACCCUUUCUAGUAUAUCAGAGAGUCCAGUGUGUGCGACAUCAAUAAACACUCCAGAAGUUCCUAAAUUGUUGUCUGUUAUGAACAGUGAAAAUAGAGCACUACUGCAAUCCCAGAAAGCAUGUGCUGAUGAUGUGGAGAUGUGUGAUAUUGCUGAUAGAUCAGUAGAACGCUGUGCUUUGCGCCAACGCCAGCCAAUUCCAUUUCCACAGUUGCACAGUGACAGCAAACCGGUACAUGAAUGUAAGAACAUUGAACAGGUAGUACCAUUACAACAACUUGUAUUCACUCCCCAGUAUGCUAACCCAGCUGCUGUACAUGCAAGCAAUCAUGUUAUAAUGCAGCCAAUGCAAAUGACAUCCACUAUUAAAAAGGAUAUUCUUGUUGUCAAUGGGAGACCUUAUAAUGUUCUGAGAGUCAUUGGGAAAGGUGGAUCAAGUAAAGUAUAUCAAGUAUUUGAUGAACAAAAGAAGAAAUUGUAUGCAAUCAAAGAUGUAAACUUAGAGUUUGCUGAUGAGGUGAUAGUACAAGGAUAUCUGAAUGAAAUCAGCCUACUUGGUAAAUUACAGAACAGUGACAGAAUUAUACACCUAUAUGAUCAGUAA